UUUCCUCCUCAGCUAAGUUAGCUACUUCUCCUUCCAGCUUCUUUCAUUCCACGGCGGCCAAAUCCUUCAAAUCAAUUCUUCUUCAUUAGUUUCUUGGAAGCUGUCUCCCAAACCAAAUUCAAAUACGCAAGAUAUAGAUAUGGUUUUUGAUUUUUGUUGCCAUUUUUGAUUACUUUGUAUUGUUGGGUUUCUCUUUUCUUGCUUGAGUUUAGUAAUUCUCUUGGAAAUGACCUGUUAAUUUCGGAGCAACAGAGGAGAUUGAUAAAUUUUGGAGCAGGAUUUUCUUGGAGUACCUGAUGGGUAAUUGUUUUGGUUCUUCUGCAAAAGUAGAUACAGCUCUGAGCUCCCACGUUACUUCUGGAUCAGGAGUUUCAAAGAAUUCAAGCAGAACUAGUCGUUCUUCAGUUGCUUCCACGCUCACCAUUCCUUCAUUUAGUGAAAAAAGCAACUGUUCAAGUCUUCCUACACCACGAACUGAAGGUGAAAUAUUAUCAUCUUCAAAUCUGAAUCCUUUCUCAUUCAAUGAGCUGAAAAAUGCGACGAGAAAUUUCCGUCCCGACAGUCUUCUUGGAGAAGGAGGAUUUGGUUUUGUUUUCAAAGGAUGGAUUGACGAACACACAUAUACUGCUGUAAAACCUGGUUCAGGGAUAGUGGUUGCUGUAAAGAAGCUAAAACCUGAAGGAUUUCAGGGUCACAAAGAGUGGUUGACGGAAGUAAAUUAUCUAGGUCAGUUGCAUCAUCCAAAUCUGGUCAAGCUUAUAGGAUACUGCUUAGAGGGUGAGAAUCGGCUUUUGGUCUAUGAGUUCAUGCCAAAAGGAAGCUUGGAGAAUCAUCUAUUUAGAAGAGGGCCACAGCCACUUUCAUGGGCAAUAAGGAUGAAAGUAGCUAUUGGUGCUGCCAGAGGGCUUAGUUUUCUCCAUGAAGCCAAAUCACAAGUCAUAUAUCGAGAUUUUAAAGCAUCCAAUAUUUUAUUAGACGCUGACUUCAAUGCAAAACUUUCCGAUUUUGGUUUGGCCAAGGCAGGUCCGACUGGUGACAGGACUCAUGUGUCAACUCAGGUUAUGGGAACUCAUGGCUAUGCUGCUCCUGAAUAUGUUGCUACAGGUCGUCUCACAGCUAAGAGUGAUGUUUAUAGUUUUGGGGUCGUACUAUUGGAACUACUAUCUGGACGACGUGCUGUCGAUAAAUCAAAAAUAGGUAUUGAGCAGAAUCUGGUAGACUGGGCAAAGCCAUACUUGGGUGACAGAAGAAAGUUGUUUCGGAUCAUGGACACCAAAUUGGAGGGCCAAUAUCCUCAGAAAGGUGCAUAUACAGCUGCUACGCUUGCCAUGCAGUGCCUACUUAAUGAAGCUAAACUCAGGCCUAAAAUGGCAGAUGUAUUAGCAACACUGGAACAGCUUGAAGGCCCUAAAAAUUCAGCUUCUCUUCCCCAACCAGAGCAGCACCCAGUUUCCAUGUCUCCCCGGAAGUCUCCAAUGCGUCAACAUCGUUCUCCUCUAAAUCCACCACCCAUUGCAUCCCCAUUGCGAUCCAUCCAACAAUCUCCUCGGGUGCAUUAGCUGAGCACUCAAAUUUGUUAAUUUCUUCUGCUACCAUUUUGCUCCCAUAGAAUGGAGUACGGGGCAUGUCAUUCAUGUGACACAAUUUUGAAGUAUGCUGGAACAGGUUACUGUCCAGUUUUUUUUUUUCAUGAUAUGGAGCUCCUAAAUCAUGGCUGUCCUCUUGUUUAUUAUAUUGGUGUGAAUAAUUCAGCUUAAUUCCCAAAUAUAUUUAUACAUUUUUUUUUCCUUU